AUGACACUGGUGAAGAACAGGACAGAUGUGACACAGUUUAUUCUGCUAGGACUCACUAAUGAUCCAGGCAUGCAGCUUCCCCUCUUCAUCAUCUUUCUCCUCAUCUACAUCAUCACACUGGUAGGGAACCUGGGGAUGAUUCUGCUGAUUUUCUUGGACUCUCGGCUCCACAUCCCCAUGUACUUUUUCCUUGGUAACUUGUCCCUGGUGGACGUUUGUUACUCUUCAGCUGUCACUCCUAAAGUCAUAGCUGGGCUGCUAAUAGGAGACAAGACCAUUUCCUACAACGACUGUGCUGCUCAGAUGUUCUUCUUUGCAGCCUUUGCUACUGUUGAAAAUUACUUGUUGGCCUCAAUGGCCUAUGAUCGCUAUGCAGCAGUGUGUAAACCCCUACACUAUACCACCACCAUGACUUCAAAUGUGUGUAUCUGUCUGAUCAUGGGGUGCUAUGUUUUUAGUUUCCUCAAUGUCUCAGUUUACCUUGGAGAUACAUUCAGUCUCUCUUUCUGUAAGUCUAAUGUGGUCCAUCAUUUUUUCUGUGAUAUGCCAGCAAUCAUGGCUCUCUCCUGCUCUGAUAAACGUGUUAAUGAGCUAGUACUUAUUUACCUAGCUAGCUUUAAUAUCUUCAUUGCUUUCAUAAUGAUAUUAGUAUCUUACUUUAUAAUUUUUAUCACAAUCUUAAACAUGCGCUCAAGAGCAGGAUUUCAGAAGGCUCUUUCCACUUGUGUUUCCCACUUAACUGCUGUUUUUAUUUUCUAUGGAACUAUAAUCUUCAUGUAUUUGCAGCCAAGCUCUAGACAUGCAAUGGACACUGACAAAAUUGUGUCUGUGUUCUACACCAUGGUCAUUCCCAUGCUGAACCCUUUAGUUUACAGCCUGAGGAACAAAGAGGUCAAGAGUGCAUUCAUGAAAGUGGUUCUGAAAGAAAAAUAAUCA